AUGAGUUCUAUAAUACCAUUAUCAGACCGUGAAAUCUAUAACCUGUUAGCAGAGGUACACUUCUUCUUCCAAGAAAUUGUUCGAAUCUCCCUGUCCUUCUUUCUCUACCUGUUUCUCCCUAUCCUUUCUCUCUCUAUCUAUCUUUUUAUAUCCAUCUUUCUUUCUUUCUUUCUUUCUUUCUUUCUUUCUUUCUUUCUUUCUUUCUUUCUCAAGCCCUCUAAAAAGCAAACCAAAAAAGAAGAAUUUUCUUCCGGCUGUCCUCGUAAUCCUACAGGUAUGGCGCAUUCCUUAUCUGAGGUCUGCAUGUUCCGCAGAAUUCUAUCACCCUCACCCACACUCUCUCCCUGUCUCUUUCUCUUUCUCUCUCACCCCAUCUCUCUCUCUCUCUCUAUGUUAGUUAGGCUUCUAUCUAUCUAUCUAUCUAUCUAUCUAUCUAUCUAUCUAUCUAUCUAUCUAUCUAUCUAUCUCUCCUAA